UCCAGUCUCCUUCUUUGCGCUUUCCAUCAGUCGCUCCCUCCCUUUCAUCCUCUCGUCGAUUAGCGUUGCGCAAGCUCGGUCCGUCUGCAAUUCCAAAAUCGUUUGAUUCUGUGUCGAGAGGGUUUUCACCAUGAGUAAGGUUCACGGUUCCUUGGCUCGUGCCGGUAAGGUAAGAGGCCAAACUCCAAAGGUUCAAAAGCAGGACAAGAAGAAGAAGCCGAAGGGAAGAGCGCACAAGCGCAUGCAAUACAACAGACGUUUUGUGACCGCAGUUGUCGGCUUCGGAAAGAAGCGUGGUCCCAACUCAUCUGAGAAGUAGAUGCAUAUCCUGAGGGAUUAGUCGGCUUUCAUCAACAUCAUUAUCGAGGAGAUCUAGCGAGGCAGCGAAAGGCGUAAGAAUACGUCAAUGGACGUCUCCGUAGAUCUCAGUAGUCUUUCUGUACUCAGUGGCUCUCGGGGAGGCCUGCUUACACUGGGCCAUUUUGAACAUGUGCAGCCCCCAAAUAUUUUUUGAAUGAAAUUGAUACCUUAUUGCUCUUUCUACAUUUGUCUCCGAGGAAAACGUUCUCACCAUCAUAAUCUUUUAGUCAACCUGAGCUUUUACUCAUGACCAUCAAUGGACUGAUAUUGAAUAGGUAGAUCACCAGUUCCUCCAUCAGUCAUACACUGUGUCAGUUGAAAUUGAAUUCGAGCAAGGUCCAAUAUCAUC